AUGAUUUCGAGUCCUGCCACAGUUUCCGUUCGUUGGCCUUUGUCACCUGUUGGUCCUAGUCGAAACGCUCGCCUACUCUUUGAUGCUAGGAGAUCUCACUUCCCUGCCCCACGCCUGUCGCAUUUACGAGGAAGGCGACCUGGAAUCGGCCUCGGCGCCGAUGGCACAGAUAGCACCGAUCGUGAAGGACGAUGGCGUCGUUUAUCUCUAGGAGAAAGGCUCUUGCAGCCUAUACAGCUUUGUUUAGCCAUUUGGUUGCUCCUGCUCCUUCCAGCUGGCCUUGCAUCCUCUCACCUUUGUGGUGGAUGGGCCUUGGGUUUGAUGCCAUUUGAAUAUCUGGCAUUUUUUUUAGUCGGGACUGUUCCCCGUGCCUGGCGAUUUGGAACCUACGCGCGCCCUGCUAAAGGCAAACCUGGUACAAGGCGUCAGGACUUUGUGUUGUUUCUGCUAGCCAUUUUCAUGGCGCACAACAUUGCAGCAGCCACGUUUGUUUGGCAUCGAAAGGUGUUGUGCUCCUGGUGGCAGCUUCCAAGAUUCGCCGCGAUCGUAUUGAAUGGCAGCGCAGCGUGGCACUUGGGGAGGAAUUACGAUCGUGUGGCAGUGUCCUCACAGCUUGUAACCACCGGGCCAUACCGCUUAGUCCGACAUCCGAUUUACACGUCCUACCUCCUUCUUUUCAUCAGUGGCCUCCUGGAUCUGCAGUCUUUGGUUGGAUGUGGUCUUUUGAUUGCAGCGGCUGCGUCCUUCUAUUCACGGCGGAUUGCUGCAGAAGAAGAGCUCCUGGAAGACGUGUUCAAAGAGAAGUGGCGAUCAUUUGCUGCUUCGACGCCAUGGAAAUUGGUACCUUUCAUCUACUAG